AAGCAGGCGGAGAGUCACAGAGCAGAGGGGGGGUCUGAACACCGCUCCUGCAUCGUGGGACUGUUCUGUCAAAAAAAAAAAAAAAAGUUGAUCCAAAUCUAUUCAGCAGCGCGCCGAGACGGUAACGAUGCGAACUAAACCUUCCUCCACUUUUUUAUUUUGCUCGGACUUGACCGAGCGAUAGAAAAGAAGAGUUUCGGGGAGUUUUUUUCUGCUUGUUCUUUUUUUUUUUUGGCUUGUACUUUACGAACACUGACUGCAGCCGGGACAAAUAUUUACAGAGCCAGGUCACUCUGGCUGCAACGCUUUAUUCAGCAGUAUCCUGUUAUUUACAGUAACCACAUGUAGUCGAGUCUUCGUCGUCCUGCUCACGGAAACAAGAAAACACCAAAAUGAGAGCUCAAAUUGAGGUCAUCCCCUGUAAGAUCUGUGGGGAUAAGUCCUCAGGAAUCCACUAUGGAGUCAUCACCUGCGAAGGCUGCAAGGGUUUCUUCCGUCGCAGUCAGCAGAACAACGCCAUGUACUCCUGUUCUCGCCAGAGGAACUGUCUGAUUGACCGAACUAACCGCAACCGCUGCCAGCACUGCCGCCUACAGAAGUGUCUGGCUUUGGGCAUGAGUCGAGAUGCUGUGAAGUUUGGCCGGAUGUCAAAGAAGCAGCGCGACAGCCUCUACGCUGAGGUUCAAAAGCAUCAGAAGUCCCAAGAGUGUGUGGGCUCCGGAGGCGGUGGCUCCACUACUCUGUCUUUACCCAGGGAGGACGGAGUCUGUGGCGGCGGUGCAGAGGAUGCCGAGGAGGGUCUGAGCCGGUCCUACAGCAGCGGCGGCUCCAGCUCUACUCUCAGCGACCUGGACGACAUCGCAGCGCUGCCUGACCUGUUCGACCUGCCGCUGACCCCCGAGGAGGCCAGCGAGUACUGCAGCCUGGAGCUGCUCGGAGGUGGAGGUGCCAGCACUGGGAAUACCUCCAACUCAUCAUCUGCUUCUUCCUCUUCCUCAUCCUUGUCCAAUCAGAAUUCCCCGCAGCAGACUAUACUGGAUGGGGCAGACACCAACGGGAUCCAGCUCCUGCAUUCACACUCUCACACACAUCCGCUGCUGGGACACACACAUGCACUGCUGGACCUGCCUGAUGACUGCUCAAUAACAGACCUUGAGCGUAUCACUCAGAGUAUUGUUAAGUCUCACCUGGACACGUGUCAGUACAGCGCCGAAGACAUGAAGAGAUUCACCUGGGUACAAUACACACCUGAGGAAACACGUGUUUUUCAGAACAAGUCAGCAGAGUGGAUGUGGCAGCAGUGUGCACACCACAUCACCAACGCCAUCCAGUACGUGGUGGAGUUUGCCAAACGUAUUGCGGGCUUUAUGGACCUGUGCCAGAACGAUCAGAUUAUACUGCUGAAAGCAGGCUGCCUGGAGGUCCUGCUUAUACGUAUGUGUCGAGCUUUCAACAUCAACAACAGCACCAUCUUCUUCAACGGCAAAUUCGCCCCGGCUCAGUUCUUCAAAGCGCUUGGGUGUGAUGACCUGGUCAGUGCCGUGUUUGAUCUUGGAAAAGGACUCUGCCGUCUGCAGCUGUCUGAUGAGGAGAUGGCUCUGUUUAGUGCUGCCGUCCUUCUAUCCCCUGAUCGACCCUGGCUCACAGAAGGCCAAAAGGUUCAGAAACUCCAGGAGAAAGUCUACCUGGCUCUGCAGCACAGUCUACAUAAGAGUGGUGCCUCUGACGAAAAACUGGACAAGAUGGUGUCCAAGCUGCCCAUAAUGAAGUCUAUCUGUAACCUCCACAUCGACAAACUGGAGUUUUUCCGUUUGGUCCACCCAGAGACCGCCUACAGUUUCCCACCACUUUAUCGGGAAGUGUUUGGCAGCGACAUGUCUCUGCCGGACUCCACUGACAGCUAGACAAAUGGAUAGACAAACAAGAGAUGGAUAGUGUAUUAAGAGGUAGGGAAGCAAAAGGAGAGACAGAGAAGGGUAGAGAUGUUGAAGCUCAACAACCAGCAGUUAAGAGACAAUCCAGGACUUUAAAUACUCCGUCUCCCAUGAUCCCAAAGUAGUCCUCCACUUUCCCAGCAGGCAAAGCACCUUACACUACAGACCACACAUGCUCAUGGUCCUCUGCAUAUUGUAGCAUUAACGACAAGCACAUGGGCACCGUAAUAAUAUCACUGCAGCCCACUUAGCAUGUAACAGCUCCAAGCUCUAAACACUUGUUCAACAUCUGAUCCGCUGUGGAUCAACCCAACCAGUUAUGAAUGUACCUCAUCAAUAAGCACCAGUGCACAAACGAGAACCCAAACAACAGUGAAUGUACAACCCUACCACUCUGAGACAGAGUUUUACUCAUAGUAUUAGAAUGAAGUUGAUCAGUAAGUCUCACAAUUAAUACAUCUCUUAGUCAAUAUUCUUCUCUAUAUUCAUGCAUCUCAGUAUGGUACGCCUGCGUAUUCAUACCGACAAUAUUCAUGUACUGACCAUCACUUAGGGACCAAGAUCAUGAGUCAGAGAUUUUUCUGAUAUACAAAAACACACACAUAUGACUCACAGCUUAGGCUGAACUCAUUCAUCAGCUCAGAACCAGUCUCACACACAUUUAGACAGUGUUCGGUGCUGCCUUUUUGUAGGCUCUUGUAAUGCAAUGAGAAACCUCAGUCCCACACACCCCUUUCCUUGUAAAUGCCACUUAGAGACAGGACAAGAUGAAAUUAUGUUUAAUUUAUAUACACAUUUAUAGACAAAUAUUUUAAAUAAGAAUGUAAAUAGAUGACUAUAUAAGUAUAUGGAGAGAGUUAGAAUGUGUGAGUUCAGUUUAGAAAGAAAGGGAGAGAAAAGUGGAUGGCGAGACGUAAGAAGAAGGACAAAAGAUGGAUAAGUGAGAAAAGCUGAUAUUUUGGACUCUUAUUUUUUCUGGACGAUUUUUUCCUCUCGUGACAGUACUCUCAGGUUUCCACGGCAACAACCCCUUCUUGCCCCAGUGGCAAAGGCCAUCAGGCAAGCGAUGGGGUGGACACUUGUUGCAGAUGCGACACAGCAGGGGAGGCAGUGUACUCAAACAAGGGCAAAAUACAAAGAAACAUUGCCUUGCAUUUAAACUGUCAGCUUUCAGUCUGCACUGUUGCUGCCUCGCCCCCUGCCUAAAGAGACAAGAGGACAAACGGGACACUAAGGAAAAGAGAAAGCAAGGCAAAAGAUGACUUCAAAAACUGUACAAUAACAGGGGACACGCUGGAUCUCCCCACCUGUUUCUAACCAGCAGCCAGUACAAUAGAUGUAGUAUAACUGUCUUUCACUCAUAACGUUUCUGUAUGUUAAAGGCCGGGAUGAUGAUGGUCCAUAUUAUGUAUCAUAAACCCUCCUUGCUGGUUGGUGCAACUGUAUUAUUUUGUACAUUUGCUGUCCCUCUCUCCUUUAGUCCCAAACCCAACACCAGAAUACCAAGCACUUACACUUUCCUCUUCCUUACUGGACACUCGUCUAAAGCCAGACAGAGCUAUCAGCUGCCCCCCUGAGUUGGUUUUCAAAGCCAGUAAGACUUCUGUCAGUCUGUUUAGUCAUUUUUUAUUCCAUAUCUGUCACACCGGGUCACCAGGAACUGUUUAUAAUCUUCAUGUACAUAACGAACACAAUUUCUGAAGGCCGUUAUAGCAUUGAGAUGAUGGUAACGUCUUACUAGGGGUGCUGUGAAGUUCUUGAGCAGAGUUCUUGAGGACCUGCUGCCGCCUGUUGCUCAGGGAGCUAGCUGUGAUCUCUUGUCCCUUUAUUACCAGUGUCGUCUUUUAGCCUUGUACUCCUCACACCUUUGCACCUAAGAUGAGACCCAUAACCAUAAUCACUGUGGCCGUAAGUUCUAUUUUUGUGAAUGUUACUCACAAAGUGUCAAAGCCCUUCCUGUUUGUCCUAAUGUUGUAACAUUAAAUUUGAGAUGCAUAGGAUUUUGAAUUUUACAAAAAAAAUCAGUUAUAGUUAAAUUUCAUUAUUGGGGUUUAAAUGUUUCUUUUGCUGUGAUUUUCCUUUAUUUGUCAGUCUUUUAUCCACAUUUUUCUUGAACUGUCUCCACUUUUGUCUUGUAAAGUCAGUGAUCUAUUUUUUUUAAUUGAAGAAAGAUUAGGAAAAGUACAAACAAAACAAAUAGUUUGUCUCCCUUCUCUUUCCCUGUAUGACAAAAUGUACAAGAGGUAUAUUACUAGUCCAAGAGUAACUGAGUCACACAGCUCGAUAUAUAUUGUUGUCCAAUUGGAUACAUUAUAUGUGGUUUUAAGAAUGUAAUAAAUGGUUUCUUUUUCUUUUGAAA